ACCGCGCCGAGAGAGGACGUCUGUUGAAUCCACGUCGCUCCAGAGCAAAGUUUCCCGCGAAGUAUCGUGCGUACGGAAAUUUCACGUGUAUUAAAAAGUGUUUUGUUUUAUUUGUGGGUUUUAGUGUUUUUGAAGCUGAUCCGAGGCGGCCGAAUUUUCGCGCACAGUCGCAGUAUAAAGAAAAUGGUGACGUCAUAGCCGUCAACAAUGUGAAACUAUGAACUGAGUGCCUCUCACAUGAUUUCUUUAAACAACUUCACACAUACGACGAAUGUUAGCACACCGUUGCACAGACAGUUCACGUACACAACCGAAAAUGGCUAUCAAAAGAGCGAGAUGUUUUUAUACGAGUUUGAGAAUUCGAGUUUCGAGGAGGCGAACUUUUCGAAUUCGAGUUUCGAAUCGAAUGGGAACUAUUCGGAGUACGCGGAGAUUCCGUAUUACAUAAAGGCUACGUCGAUGACUUUUUGUAUAGUGAUAAUGUGUUUGGGCGUGAUUGGGAAUGUGAUGGUGCCAAUAGUGAUUCUGAAGACGAAGGACAUGAGAAACUCGACGAACAUUUUCCUGGUGAAUCUGAGUAUUGCGGACCUGAUGGUGCUUUUGGUGUGCACUCCUACAGUGCUGGUGGAAGUGAAUUCUAAGCCGGAGACGUGGGUGCUGGGGAAAGAACUAUGUCUAGCAGUCCCUUUCGUGGAGCUGACGGUGACCCACGCCUCGGUCCUCACGAUCCUGGCUAUCAGCUUCGAGCGGUAUUACGCAAUCUGCGAGCCCUUGAGAGCUGGAUACGUCUGCACCAAGACCAGGGCAGCGCUGAUAUGUGCUCUGGUCUGGUUCUUCGCUGCACUGUUCACCAGCCCGAUCCUGGCCAUCGCUGAACAUCACAUCGUGAAGGAAGACGGAGCCGAGUUCGCGCAGUGCUUCACCCAGGCCGUCACCUUCUGGCAAAUCACCUUCUUCGUCGCCAUCAUCAUCAUCCUCUACGCCCUCCCUCUGAUCAUCCUCAUCAUCCUUUACAGCAUCAUCGCCAAGAACCUCAUCAAUGCCGCCUCUAAGGUCGUCAUGAACAAGACUGUCGAUCCUUACAACACCAGAGCUAGAAAACAAGUGAUAUUGAUGCUUGGAACCGUAGUUUUGUGCUUUUUCCUAUGCCUUAUGCCUUACAGAGUGCUCACAUUAUGGAUUAUAGUAGCACCUUCGGAUCUGCCGAACGAAUUGAGUCCUGAGAAAUGGUACAACAUUCUCUAUUUCUCCAGAGUUAUGCUGUACAUAAACUCCGCUAUAAAUCCUAUUCUGUAUAACUUGAUGUCGUCCAAAUUCCGUAUCGGCUUCUGCAAAGUGUUUAUCUGCAUCUGCUACAGAAGAAAGAAAGACAUCAAAAGCCAGAGAGUGAAAAGAACUGUGACCAAUGGCUCAACGACUAGCAGCAGUUUAUCUCGAACGACCAAUAGCUUAAAGAAGUUGUUUAGUCAUAGAGGCAGUGUUGAUAAAAGCGAUACAGAAUCUGAAGGCAAAGAUGGUGAAACAAGUAAUGUAGAUUCAAGGGGAUUUUUCGACAAGAUUUUUAGCAAGCGUACAUUUGUGAGGCAGCAGUCGGCUCCUGUGUGUUCGACGACAAAACCGGUUACAGUGAACCGUAUGAGAAGCGAGGGUAAUAUGGAAACUACCGUAGAUAUAGAGCAUAAACGGCGUGAAAGAUUUAUUGGUCAUUCCGAUAUUAAAAAUAGGUCUGAUGUUGAGCUAGAUCUGACCCGGACUCACUCGCUUCGACGGAGUGUGUUAAUCAAUAGUGCUAAAGCUAAAAGUGUUGAUCAGGGGACUAAAAAAGCUGUGUCGUACCAAAAAAUAAAGGUGGAUUGUGUGGUAGGCUUCCAGAAGUCUAAAAGUGUAGACUACGAGUUCCCUGAAAGUUUCGUGUGAUGUAUUUGAGGUAAACAAAUAGAUUAUGUUUAUUCGCAAACUUCAAUACUAAAGAAAUGGUGUUUUGUCAAGACAUUCUAUUGUGAACGAAAAUUACGAGGUUGAAUUCAGAGAUUAUGCGAGAAAUAUAAAGUAGUUUGGGCCAAGUCAUUAGCAGUAACUCCUGAAUAAAAUUUUCGGUAACCUAACCUACUUUAAUAAAAUGUGGUCUAUUUUUUGGCAAAAAUACUCCUUUUUCUUGAAUAUCAUUUUACUCAGAACAGUUCAACUACCCAGUAAUUGUUUCUUGUAUACAGGGUGGCCAGGGAAUUGGUUCAAAGCUAAAAUAUUAAGCUAAAAUAUUUAGAUUAUAGAGAAAAAAAUCAAAAACCAACUAUAGGUGAUAGUUAAGGAUAAACCACAAAAUUAACUCUAUCUCCUAAACUAAGCAAAAUCGUAGAACAUAAAUACAUAGGUGUGAUUUAGAUACACCUUGAUAUAAGGAAUCUAAAUUUUAGCUUUGAACAUCAACUCCCUGGCCACCCUGUAUUUCAAUGCCAGACGACUCUGAUGACUCUGAAGUAUUUAUCAAAGUGAAUAUCUACGAUAAUUAAAUUUCCAAUGGAAUAGUGUGCACAAACUAAUAAAUUGCGAGUGAACAGAAUAUUGUACAAGAUUAGUACUUAAUAUAAUUUAUUACGUUAAUCAGAAGCCUAUUACAUUAUAUAGCAAAUAGUAUUAUUAUGUCUUAAAUAAAUUA